GCGGUAUAUGUUUGCUUCAGAAGUUUUAAAGAAAAUCAGAUCAAUGAAGUGGUGGCAGUCACUGGCUAAGCACCUGGAAGCAGAAUUUGUUGAAGGGCUCACCCAGCUUUUGACAGCAAUAGCCUGUUCUGCAGAUCAAGUUACAGUGAAGAUGAAGGUUCUUUCAUUCUGUCCUAGCUCCGCUAUGAGCACUUCUCUACAAAAUUUGAUCAUUUUCUUCAUUACUUAUCACAUUCACAAGUUGGAAUCAGCCCAAUUCAGAGUGAUGGGUCCUGAUCACCCUGUCACUGCCAUUGUGGGUGAGGCCAUUGUAUUACCCUGUUACCUGUUCCCCAGGAUGAGCGCUGUGAACAUGGAGGUGAGAUGGUUCCGAUCUGAGUUCCUUUCAUCUGUGCACCUGUAUCAUGAAGGAAAGGAUCAGUAUGGAAAGCAGAUGCCAGACUAUCGUGGAAGGACAGAGCUUUUGAAAGCUGGCAUCACGGAUGGGAAUGUUUCCUUGCAGAUUCUUAAUAUCAGACGCUCAGAUGAAGGACAAUACUAUUGUUUUGUUCAAGAUGGUCCUUUUUAUGAAGAAGUCCUAUUGGAACUGAAGGUAGCAGCUUUGGGCUCCAAUCCUCUUGUCUCUGUGGAGAGUCACCAGGAUGGAGGGAUCCGUGUGGUUUGUCAGUCGGCUGGGUGGUACCCAGAGCCCAAGGUGCUAUGGAGAGAUCGCAGUAGGCAAGAAUUACCAUCACUCUCUGAAGCAAAAUCGCUAGGGGAUAGUGGCCUGUUUGAAACAGAAAAUUCGAUUAUUAUAAAAGAACAUUCAAACCAGAACCUGUCCUGUUGGAUCAGGAACACCGUUCUCAAUCAAGAAAAGGAAUCAACAGUUUAUAUAGCAGAUUUCUUUUUCCCGAGGGUGAAUCCGUGGAUGGUGGCUCUGAGUGUGAUUCUUCUGAUUUUGUUUGUUUGUUUCAUUGGCCUCACUGUUUAUCUAUUUAACAUGAAAGGGAAACAUCUUGGAGAAAUCAAUGAUCUUCAACAGGAACUUGACUGGAGAAGAAACAUCAUCUGCCCAGUGAAUGUGACUCUGGAUCCAGACACGGCUCAUCCCCACCUCGUCCUGUCUGAGGAUCAGAAAAGUGUGAGAUGGGCAGACCGACGGCAGCAACUUCCCAACAACCCUGAGAGAUUUGACUCUGAUCCCUGUGUGCUGGGCUGUGAGGGAUUCACCUCGGGUAGACAUUGCUGGGAGGUGGAGGUGGGGGAGGGGAGAUGCUGGGCUGUGGGGGUGGCCAGAGAGUCUGUGGGGAGGAAGGGACGGAUCAGCCAUAGCCCUGAGGGGGGGAUCUGGGUUGUGGAGCAGUGGGAGGAAAAGUUCCAGGCUCCCACCUCCCCUGCGACCCCCCUGCCCCUGAGCCAGGUCCCAAGCAGGGUCCGGGUUUGUCUGGAUUGUGACCGGGGGCAGGUGACAUUUAUCGAUGCUGGUGACGAGGCCCCGAUCUUCACUUUCCUGAUGGGCUCCAUCUCUGGGGAGAGAAUCCAACCCUGGCUCCGGGUGGGGCCAGGAUCUCUGCUCCGACUGUGUCCCUGA